AUGGCGCAACCACAGCAUCAGAUCCAGCUCCCACCGGCGCCGCAACGGCCAUUCUCUCCCGCUCAACUCUCACCAUCCACGAUACCCCAUGCCCAUAACCAGGCGCCGUACCCAUCGGGCAAUCCUCCUAAUAAGAAACAGAGAAUGUCUCCGGCACCACCCCAAAGUCAGCCAGGCUCUCCAUACGUACCGUCACCCGUAUACGCACCGAGCCCCGCCGCAUCGGCAACGCCUCCUCCCCAACUUAACGCGGCCUCGCCUCCGCCCAUGAACCCCCAAAUCGCUCUGCCUCAAGCCACCACGAUGGCUCCUCCUCCCCAGGGUCUUACGAUUCCGCCACAACCGACACCUUACGUUAAUGGGAACUCGCAAAACAGCCCUGGUAUCAGACCCGCCCAACAACCCAUGGGCCUUACAAUGCCUGGCCUUACCAUGCCAUCGCGGCAGCCAGGCACACCUUCGGUGUCAUCGCCAGCUCCACUCAUACCAACCACAACUACAACCCCUCUGACUCCGGCACCGGUCAGCUCCCCAUAUGCUACAGCGACGCUGGCUCCCAUGCCAAGCCAUCCCGCUACUCCAGGAGGCACUAUGGGCCCGCCAUCCAAGCCUGCCGACCGUCCGCAGAAAGAGGUCGAGUAUGAUGUAAACGACUCCCUCAAUGGCACAGGAAUCGACUUGAAGGAGAUGGAACAGGACCUGGUUCAGUUUUACGCUGGUAGCACGCGUCCCGAAGCCAGGACAGGAUUUCCCGCGAAUGCACCUGGAAGCAGCGCAAGCAUGUAUGGUGCUGGGCUAGCGAACCAGCCGGCUCAGUUGGUGGGAAUUACCGACCAGGCACAGUUCGCCGCCGAGCUUGCCAAGAGCGUGUGGAGCGAGGCAGCUGCAAAGCUGGCUACCGUGAGGAGCCAGGAGGUCAAGAAUCCGUUCAGCAACAUCGCUGUGAUUCAUUCAAAAGCAUCCAAGAUCGCCAAGGAGUAUGGCAUCGGCCUGGUUCUGGACCCCAAGACUAACGGUGGCAUGGGAAAGAUGAAGCUUGACACCGAGUUCGCAGAGCCUUCUGUCACCGUCACUCAGAAGGUCGUUGAUAAUGAAGUGGUGGUGAAUACCUCCAAAUCUUUUCUUCCCGCAGAUUCGUUUCUUGCAGAGCAAAUAGGCCUACUCUCCAUUGCUACAAAGCAUCGGAUUCGGCAACUGCUUGAGGAUGCGGACAGAGUCGCACGCACACGACAACAGACAUCACACGGUAUAGUACCAUCAGAUUGGAUGGACGCGAGUGCACCGAUCACUACGGUCGAUGCUAGUCUCGCAGAGCAAGCAAAUACUGUGAACGGAGACGGGAAUGCGGCUAGUCCCCGCCCCAAUCCGCUUAAGCGUCCUCUGGGUGCUGGGGUAUCGCAAGCGUCUGCGAGCUUGGGACUCAGUGCGGUCAUGCGUGAGCAAAGCAAGAACGAGCGUAAUGCCGAAGAAGCCAGACUUCUCAAGCGCCAGAAGCGUGCCGAGGAGGAAGACCGCAAAAAGAAAGGUGGCGACUCAGCCAACCCAUCACGUGCAGGCUCAGUUGCACCAGGCACCCCAGGGGCAUCGUCAAUCGCACCAGAAACGCCAAAGCUCACCAAGAAGGAGGAGAGAGCUAGGGCGGCGCAGAACAAGACGAUGGACUGGAUGAACACAGCCUCUGCAAACUCGACGACAUCCCAUUUCUUGGGUCAGCUCUCUAGAAAGAAGAAGGGCAAAAAGUACGACUGGUUGACGUCGGGAGGUAGUGGCGCCUCAACACCGUCGCGUGCAGGGCCUGGCACUCCUGCUGCGGGCGCCGGUGCUGCUCCCAGCCGCAAGGCUCCGGAGUCGAUAGCACUCACGGUUGAUGGAAGAUACAGACUAGGCUCUUUGCGCGAAAAUAGCGACAAGGGCAAGAAUAUCCAGCUGAGGGAUUGGAUCACAGUCCUGGAAUCAGACCGACUAGAGAUCAAGGCAUUGCAAACCGCCUAUGACAAACUAGAUGCGUCGGCUGCAACGUAA